AUGCAGAAUCUCCUCUGCUGCAUCAACGAAAACGUUUGUCGACUCAAGAAGACCAACCAAGCACCAGCAACAACCAAUUUACAUUAUUACCUUUUGAAACUUGAAUUCCGUGUUAAAUUAAUCAUGCACAUUGCAAUAUUUCCCAUCGCGUUAUUUCUCAUUUUGGUUAUAGUGAUCGUGGUUAAAUACAUUGAAAGAUUAUUUUACUGGAAACGACAAAAUGUUGCAACCUUAAGCACUUCGCUGCUGCUAUGGAAGACACGGAACAAGCCGCUGCAUCAAGUGAUAAGUGAAGUUUAUGAGGAAAUGUUUCAAAGUAAAGAGUCCUUCAGAGCCAUUGAGCUGGUAUUUUUCUCUGCCUUGUUUGUACAGGAUCAGGUGGCCAUUAAAAAUAUCCUAGCUACGCAAUAUGAAAAUUUUGCCGAUCGUGGCAUUUACGUGAAUGAGAACGAUCCCCUUUUGAAUCAUAUGGCCCGUUUGCCAUAUGAAAAAUGGCAACUCUUGAGAAGGAAAUUUGGACCGGCCUUUGCCCCAAAUAUGACCAAGACCAUGUAUCCUUUGGUGACCAAGUGUUGUGAACAAUUUGUGGAAGUGCUAAAGCAAUCAGUUAAGACAUCCCACCAUGUGACCAAUGUGCAUGAUUUAUGCUCUCGUUUUGCCAUUGAUGUCAUUGGCAGCAUAGCUUUUGGAGUGGAAUGUAACAGUUUCAAGGACCCACAAGCUAUGUUUCGAACAUUGGGUGAAAAAGCUUCACGAGAACAUUUCCAAAGUAUCUUUCAAUUCAAGACCAAGUACUUGGAUAUUCUCAAGCUGUUCAAUGUAAAAUACCAUAGCAAAGAAACCACGGACUUUUUUACCAACUUGGUCAAGGAAACCAUGAAACAAAGAGAGGAACAUGCCAUACAACGUGGUGAUUUUAUGGACAUUUUGAUAGAGUUGAAAAACGAUCCCCGUGGCUGGGCAGCAUAUCCUUUGACUUUGGAGAGGCUGGUGGCGCAGGCUUUUCUUUUCUUUGGUGCUGGUUAUAACUCCACAGCAGCGGCUUUGAGUGAGGCCUUAUAUGAAAUGGCCAAAAAUCAGGAUAUACAAAACAAGGCACGUCAAGAGGUAUUUGAAGUGUUGCGCCAAUCUGGAUCCCCAGACAUAAGUUAUGAAUGCACCAAAGAGAUGAAAUAUAUCAAACAAGUUAUACUAGAAACUUUGCGCCGCUACACUUUGGUGUACAUGAUGCCACGUUACUGUCGUCAGUCCUGCACUGUGGCUACAUCUAACGGUUCUCUGGAUAUUGAUGCCGAUACCUUCAUCAUAAUUCCUGUGCAUGCCAUACAUAAUAAUGCCAAAUACUAUCCUGAGCCUCAUGUUUUUCGUCCAGAAAGAUUUGAAGCUUCGGCAAGAGCCAAUAGACCGGUGUGCAGUUUUAUGGGAUUCGGUGGUGGCCCCAAGACAUGUAUUGCCGAAAAUUUUAGUUAUGCCAAAGUGAUAGCAUGUUUGGCUCAUCUCUUGAUUAAUUUUCGAUUUUCGACAUGUGAAGAAACACCCAAAGAGUUGAUAUUUGAUAGGGAGAUUUUUCGUUUAAGCAUUGAUGAGAUUUAUUUAAAGGUAGAAAAGUUAACACACAAGCCAUAG